AAUGACACCUCCAACAUCUACUUUGUGCCUGGCAUGUCUGAUCUUGGGGACAAUGGUUCACCUUACUACUCUGGAACCAUCAUCAUCUUCAAAUGUUAAAUUAGUUACUGUUGGCGGCCGCAUUACUUUGGAGUGUUUUUAUGAGCACAGUGCUGUUCCAGUGAUGUUUUACUGGUAUAAGCAAGCGCUCGGACAGAAACCACAGAAGGUGUCUAGAUUUUAUAAGCAUGAGAAAAAAGGAGUGUUGCUAGGAGAAUUUCAGAACAAUUCACGAGUCACGUUGCAAAAUUCAAGGUCUGAGAAUCACCUGAUCAUUUCCGAUGUACGCUUUUCAGACUCAGCCACAUACUACUGCUUAAGUGGCUAUUCAUACAUGUACACAUUUUCAGAGAGUUAUACUGUUAUUGUGAAGGGAUCAGACUUUAAUAAUGGAGCUUUAAUCCAUCAGUCGUCGUCUGAGAGCGUCCAUCCAGGAGACUCUGUGACUCUGAACUGUACCGUUCACACUGGAACAUGUGAUGGAGAAAACCUGACUGGCAUUCACUGGUUCAAGCACUCGAAAGACCCUCAAAUAGGAGUCAUUUACACCCAUGGAGGCAGGAAUGAUCAGUGUGAGAGGAAACCUGACACACAAACACACACCUGCGUCUACAACCUGCCCAUAAAGAGCGUGGACCGGACUCAUGAAGGAACCUACUACUGCGCCGUUGCCUCAUGUGGACGAGUACUGUUUGGAAACGGGACCAGACUGCAUAUUCAAAAUAAAGACUCUCUCACCGUGGUGUACAUCCUGGCUGCAGCUUUAGCAUUCUCCACUAUCCUAGCUGCUUUCCUCAUUUACUCAACCAUAAGGAUGAUGAAGACAAACAGAUGCCAGUGCUCAGAAACUCACACAACAUCAGACGCCUCAUCUCCAAAUGCAGAGGUUUCAGACAGUCUACACUAUGCCGCUUUAAGUCACAUCAAAGGCAGCAGAUCGAGAAUACAGAGAGACGACACGAGGAGUGAAUGUGUGUACUCCAGUGUACAGCAGUAGAGUUGGACAUUUGUCAUUUUUUUAUGUUAUGAGGUGAAGUUUCACUUAUAUGCACUGAAUGGAUAUCUUUGUCUUGUAUAAAAAU